AAUCUAUUUGUGAUUUUUUUGUUGCUAUUAUCAUCAUUAGAAGUGACUUUUUCAUACGAUCAUGCGACAGUGUGAAAGGUUGAUUAUCUUGGCUCUUGUGAGCCUUCAAGUGAAUCUAAUAGUGGGUGCUGAUUUGGUAGCACCGGAAGGCUUUUGUACUGAUCUACCUCCAGGUCACUAUCCCUUCGAAGGAGACUGCAACGGAUUUAUCUACUGUGAAGCAGACGGAACAGGUACGGCUGGACGAUGUAUUGAUGACCUUCACUUUAAACCAGGAGCAAAUCCUGGUGAAGGAGUAUGCACAUACCCCGAUUUAGCUGGUUGCGAUCCAAAUGCUGGUGGAAAUACUACGACAUGUGCUGAGGGAGACUUUUGGGAGCAGAGAGUUAAUGAAACCUGCAACAGAUACAUCAGAUGUCUAAAUGGUGUUAUCGAGGAACGCCAGUGUGCUGGAGAUUUGCACUGGGAUUCAGCAACGCAGCAGUGCACAACACCAGAACUUUCUGACUGUCCCUAUCCUAUCUGCUCGGAAAAUCCAACUCCAGGAGAAAUUGAAAAACUCCCUCAUCCUACAGAUUGCACAAUGUACUAUAUUUGCAUGGAUCAGGAACCUAUUCAACAGAAUUGUGCACCUGGACAGCAUUUCGACAGGAUAAACAGAUGGUGUACAACACCCGAAGAGGCAGGAUGUGAACUCGGAUCAGGACCUGCACCAACUGAUCCACCAACAACAGAAGGACCUGGAGUAACAGAGGGACCUGGAGAAACAGAAGCACCGACAGAAGGACCUGGAGAUACUACUGAAGCAACUGACCCAACAACUCCAGAACCUGACACAACAACCCCGGAACCUGACACAACAACUCCGGAACCUGACACAACGACGACAGAAGAGCCAGCACCGUAAUUUAGAUUAUGUUUAAUUUAUAUUAUUUGACUAGUUUUUUUUGUGUCAUUUAUUAAACUAGUGCCUGAAAAA